GCAGAAUCAACAGAGAGAGACGGCGAGCCUAUAGGAACGCGGCCCUAUUAGACGCUAGGGCUAGCCGUUACGGCCAGUCUGCGGCCAUGGAGGCUGAAGCAGAGGCAAGGCCGUUGACGCAGCGUCCUGGAAAGUCCGGCGGCGGUGGCGGUGCUGGCGCGCCAGGUUGCAUUCAGAUUCGAACAUGUCUUUGGUAUCUAGUAUUUACUGGAACACUUGUAAAUUUCAUGAUUACCAACAAUGUAAAUAUUGCAAUAGUUGACAUGAUAAAGAAGCAGCCACUAGCAAGUCGAGAAACAGAAAUGGGAGCCUGUUCAUUGGAAACACAACUAAUGUGGAAAAAUGAUUCUUUUGAAAACAAGACUGAAAAUUUAACUUCUAAUCAGCAAGCAGUUACUGUAGAUAGUGACAAAGUGCUUCGAUUUGAAUGGGAUGAGAAACAACAAGGCAUGGUUCUCGGUGCCUAUUUCUGGCUGCAUUCAGUCCUACAGCUGCCAGGUGGCAUGCUUUCUCAUGCCUAUGGUACAAAGAAAGUGUUUGGUUUUAGCAAUUUAACUAUGUUUGUUUUGUCAUUGCUCAUUCCUGUGGCAGCUAAAAUUGGUUAUGAGGCAAUUGUUGCCCUCAGAGUUGUUCAAGGAUUCAUUGGAGGACUCGCAUGGCCUGCUUUACACAGUCUUACAGCCAACUGGAUCCCUCCAAAUGAACGCAGCAAAUUUGUUACAGCAUAUAUGGGAAGCUCUGUAGGAACAGCUCUAACAUUCCCACUUUGUGGUCUGCUUAUAUCAUGGUUUGGUUGGCCUUCUGUGUUCUACACAACUGGUGGAAUUGGAAUUCUGUGGUUCAUCGUUUGGUGGCUUGUUGUGUAUGAUUCCCCUGCUGAGCAUCCUUAUGUGUCUAUGAAGGAGAAGCAACUCAUCCUGGAUAGUUUGGGAACAUCAGUGUCUGAGACAAAGGCACCCACACCUUGGAAGGCAAUUUUAUUAUCGGGUCCAAUGUGGCUCAAUAUUUUCUCUCAGUGGGGUAGCACAUGGAGCUUGUUCACACUUAUGACACAGGCACCAACUUAUUUCAAGUUCAUUCAUGGCUGGAACAUACAUAUGACUGGGCUUCUGUCUGGGAUUCCACAUGUCUGCCGCAUUAUUGUGGCAUUAGUGUUGUCUCACAUAAGUGACAAAAUGUUGCGAAAAGGUAUCAUGUCUAAAACAGGAAUUCGAAAACUUGGAUCGGCUGUAUGUUGUAUCAUUCAUGGAUUUUUUAUGUUGGGACUGGCAUUCUCUGGCUGCAACUACUUGGCAGCAAUCAUUUGCAUUGCUGCAUCAGUGGGCACGAGUGGAGCAGUCUCAUCUGGACCAUUUGCUAGCUUUGUUGAUCUCAGUCCUAACUAUGCAAGUAUUCUGUUUGGCAUAGGGUGCACAGUGGCUGAUCUUCCAGGUUUCAUUUCUCCAGCUAUAGUUGGAACGCUGACGUAUCAAAAUCAAACCCCCAGUCAGUGGCAGAUAGUCUUUCUGAUCACAGCUGGAAUGCUGUUUCUUCCUGGAGUACUUUAUCAAGUCUUUGGCACUUCAGAACUUCAAUCUUGGAACACACCUGACAAAGGUGAUCAUGGAAAACAUCAAGACAAGCUUGAAGAUAUUCUGCACCCAAGUGACAUCUCUUCAAAGGACUAUAAUGAGAGUGUAGAAAUGGAAUCUGUAAGGCUGUGACAAUAAGGCAACUGGAAAUAAAUGUUUUAUGUCCUUUCAAAAUACUAAACUUUAAUGGCAAGUAUUUUGUAUUUUUUCUUAUAGCAUGUGGAAACUCAGGUUUAUCAAGAUCACUUGUGUUGAGCCUUGUUAACAGCUUUAUCACAAGUUUACUGCUCCAAAUGUGUCCAUUUUAAUGUUCUGUUGAAUCAUUGUAUUCAGUUAACAAAUGUCUUUGGACUCUAUUUUAAUUUUGUAAUAGUAAUAUU